AUGGCAAGAGAGAGGGAGAGAGGCAAAAACAUGAGGCGAACCCAGUUAUCCGAGACUGGAGGAUGGGCCGGACAGGCUAGUCUAACGAAAGUUUGUAAAUGUGUGAAUGCAGUGGUGGAUAGAAAUAUUUUCGCACUUGAGUUUAACGUCAGACGGUAUUUUCUCAAGAUCGUCGUCAUGGCAACGAAGGCAAGAAACGGGUCUAUGCCACCUGUGGGCGCGUAUAAAUUUGAUUUACGCACCCUCGGCCGUUUGGACGGCUGGCGAGUUGACGUGCCUCUAGACGUGGCCCAAUCUUGCCCAAGCUCUAACCCCCCGGGCGUUAGUCAACCAGUCGGCCAUAAAGCGAGUCGACCAGGCGGAACUGUAUGCAAGGCCUAG